GAUGUCCAAUUUCCCGGUGGACAUGCCAUUGAUUCCAUCUGUGGGACAACCUCCUGCACACCAGAACUUUUGCUGAAAGGCCUUGGGGGUAGUCAAAGUCCAUUUCCAGUGGAAUACGACAUUGUUGCGGAUGGAGAGAAGGCAUUUGAUCAACAGUUUUACUUCUGCAACGCGACGGUUCCCAGGCGUCACCUGGAUUCAGGCGGUCCAGCUUGUUCAUGCCUAGACUGCGAGAGCUCGUGCGUUCCGCCUCCAGAACCACCCGCGCCCACCCCCAUACCGAAAGUAUUU